CAUGUACGAUGCACAACGGCUAUGGGUAGAUAUGUAUUUUAGCAAUGAUGCGCCACCACAUAUGUCGAGGAAUGUGCCCCCAAUGUUUACAAUAUAUAGCAUGACAGAACAAUAUCUUAAACAUAUUGACCUGGUUACAUUUUGGCCAUCAGUAUAUGUGAUUAAAGAGUGCGCUUACGCCAAUGUGGCACCUGUGGGUCCCAAUGUCCGCAAACUAUAUAUUACGAGUAAUUUAUGUACCACUGAAGUAAAUGAAGCAAACGAACUAGAUAAUGAUCUAGCUAAUAUUGAUCGCACAGGCAAUCGGACACAUCCAUGGCCUACAACCAAAGCCGACAUUAAGGCAAAUAUAACCGAUCAAUACAUAUUUGCAUUUUUGAAACUACAUGACUAUGUAUUAAAACGUGUAAAGAACACAAACGUCCACAUAUUCAUCAGGAUCAUUAUAGCCGAGCGGCUACGAUAUUACAACGCGUGGCUAACUCACCCGCGCAAGGUGAAAUUAUUUGCCAACUUAAAUGAACAUAAUGAAAUACUAGGGGAAUCUAGGGCUAAGUUAAUCAACGCUUACACUGAGAUAAGUCUACAUGGUAAUAACUGGGCCGUCUCCCAGUAUAAUAAUUAUUGGUUACAUAAACAAGCUCAAAAUGGCUCACAUUUGUUGCUUGCACAGGCACUGUUGGCCUAUGGGUUCAGUAACACCGACGAUGAAACCAUUGACUACCUAUUGGCCGGCGCUAAUCGCAAUGGCGACCCAAGCAGACUAUGGCCCAUUACACUGACCUCGCUGGAUCACGAUAUAUGCGAAAAUAUAGUGGACAUCAUGCUGAAAACGGUAACUUACACAGUCGAACGUUACCCGGAUCAACAAGACUUGCACUCGGUGGUCAGGCUAUUGUUUAGCGAGAAAUUGCGCGUGCUACAUCACGCGUGCAACAAUCCAGCUACUGUCGAGUUUUAUCGUAUCGCCAACUAUAAAGUGAACGAGUUGGCCAAAGUUAGGGGACAAUUUGUGCACGCGCUUACUGUGGCCGCACAGCCCGGUGCU